AUGGUGGACAUCCUCCUCCCGCGGCCGCUCCCGGGCGCCAUGGGGGAGCCCUCCAAGAGGCGGCCGGGGCUGGCCCUGUGCGCCGGUUGCGGGGGCCGAAUCCAGGACCCCUUCCUGCUGCGGGUGUCGCCGGACCUGGAGUGGCACGUCGCCUGCCUCAAGUGCGCCGAGUGCGGGCAGCCUCUGGACGAGACCUGCACAUGCUUCCUGCGCGACGGCAAGGCCUACUGCAAGCGGGAUUACAGCAGGCUCUUCGGCAUCAAGUGCGCCCAGUGCCGGGCGGCCUUCAGCAGCAGCGACCUGGUGAUGCGCGCCCGCGACCACGUCUACCACCUGGAGUGCUUCCGCUGCGCCGCCUGCGGCCGCCAGCUCCUACCCGGCGACCAGUUCUGCCUGCGGGAGCGGGACCUGCUCUGCCGCGCCGACCACGGGCCGCCCCCCGACGGCGCCGCCGCCCGAGGGCCGCGCAGCCCAGCGCUGCCUCCAUCCGCCGCCGCGCACCUCGCAGACCCGGUGCCCGGGCGGCCGCCCGCCCCGCGGCCGCCGGCGCACAAGGCGGCGGAGAAGACCACCCGCGUGCGGACGGUGCUGAACGAGAAGCAGCUGCACACGCUGCGGACCUGCUACGCCGCCAACCCGCGCCCCGACGCCCUGAUGAAGGAGCAGCUCGUGGAAAUGACGGGGCUCAGUCCCCGCGUCAUCCGCGUCUGGUUCCAGAACAAGCGCUGCAAGGACAAGAAAAAGUCCAUCCUCAUGAAGCAGCUCCAGCAGCAGCAGCACAGCGACAAGACGAGCCUGCAGGGCCUCACCGGGACGCCGCUGGUGGCCGGCAGCCCCAUCCGCCACGAGAGCGCCGUGCAGGGCAGCGCCGUGGAGGUCCAGACCUACCAGCCGCCCUGGAAGGCGCUCAGCGAGUUCGCCCUGCAGAGCGACCUGGAGCAGCCCGCCGCCUUCCAGCAGCUGGUCUCCUUCUCCGAGUCCGGCUCCUUGGGCACCUCCUCCGGCAGCGACGUGACCUCGCUGUCCUCCCAGCUCCCCGACACCCCCAACAGCAUGGUGCCCAGCCCGGCCGAGACGUGAGGCGGCCCGGCCGCCCGCCGCCGCGGGACCUCCGCAUGCCUGCGCUCCCUGCAUGAGACACCCGGCCCCGGGCCGCUCCCAGAGCGCCGGACAAACGCCUUUGUUUUUUAAUUAUUCUUAUUUAAAAACAAACAAAAAAUAUGUUACUGACGGCCAAAAAAGCACCGGGAUCCUCGCUGCCUUCACCAGACCGGAGAGAGAGUCCCCGCCCUGGUUAUUUCGUUGUUUUGGGUUUUUUCCCUGCGGAUUUCGAUGUUUCUUUUUUCCCAAAGAAACGUGGAUUUCCCCGCUGGAGCCCGGCACGGUGACAGGCCGCCUCGCCCACCGCUUGCGCCGGAGACGGCUUUUCAUCCCUUUUUGGAAGGGAAAAGAAAAAAAGAACCUACAAAAGGGGGAGAGACUCCCUCAGCGUGCGGCCGCGGAGCCGGCCUGGCCGUCCCUCCGCGCCGUCCAGCCUCAUCUCACGCCGAUGCCUCUCCCGGGCCGCGGCGCCCGGCCCCGCACGAUCGCUGGAAAAACGGGACACGGAAACGAGACUUUUUAACGGGAAAACCAGUACUAAUAAUAAGUUAUCAAUGGACGGAGGACGGAUUGUUUGCGCCUUUAACGAUCAAAAUAUCGCUUCGAUCAAGUGUGACUUGAGCUGAACAUGACAAAACGGCUUCGGGAGACUUCCCUGGGCCUCUUGCAGGCUCCCACCCUCAGAGCAGCAUCCAAGUGCUCGGAAGAACUGUCAACCGGCCGAGCCCAGCGCUGUGAACACAGAGCAGGCCGGCGUUCCCUCUGCAUGGGGCCGGCCACGCCGGGGACAGGCAGCGCGGUCGGCAGAGACUUGGGAAACCGAGAGUUUAUGGCAGAAGCACAGGGAGUUCCCUCACACAUGAGGCAAGACAGACAAUAGCUCACAAGGCCCGAUUAAAUAUUUGCAGGCUUUAGACUUUGUUUUAAAGUUCUGUGUGAAAUGUAAUUCUCACGCAGAGGAGCGAGCGCCAGGGUGGGAGCAGGGCAGAAGGACGGCGGGCGUUGCGCAAGCUCCGGCUCCAUCCGCGCCACUGGAGCGCCACCGGCCAAACCCGGAGCGGGCCAGGCCCAGGUCUGAGCCCAGAACAAACUGCUUAUUAAGUAGGAUUACGCCAAACUGUGUGGUGCUUUUCCGUGUGUACAAAGUUCCAGUGGGGAUUAAGCUGAGACCACCAAACUCCUUUUAUCCCCAACCCAGGAGUAAGAUUAGAACGUUGCUCUCUGGAGGUGGCAUUAGCUGACUGCUCUCUCUCUUACUCUCCAAGCUUCGUUAGUGACUGUAUUUUAAGGUUGUUGAAAGCACUGGCUUUGAUGGCAU